CAAACUGUGUUUUGUAAUUGCUAUAGUUUUGUAAUUGCUAUUUGGUGAUUAGUUACCCAAAAAAAAAUGAAGGCGAGGAUUGCAGUAAGAAGCGUCCGUUUAUGAAUUGUGCAAUCAACAAUCGGAAACGGCGACGCAUUAGGGGAUUCUUAUACUUUGUCUAUUCUCAAUUCUCCGGUUCUCCACUUCUAAACCGACGAUGAGUAAACCGGUAAAUAUCGCCGCAACCGCCACGUCUCAGUCACAGCCACCGUUGGCCACUCAAGUCCAAGCACAAACAGCAAACGAUUCGCUGCAGAAUUACCUAACCAAACAAUCGGAAUUUCAGCAACCACCAUUACAUUCCCAGGAUGACUCAAUUUCCAAUCUCCGCCAAAUCUCCGGUGCCCUUUUGGCGGUCCAUCGCUGCCUCACUGAGCUACAACAACACGUUGAUUCCAUCCGGACCUCAAUCGACUCUAUGCUACCCCCACAUACAACUAAUACCGCUCCUUUAACCACGUCAUCACCACAAGCAGCGGCUUCCCCAGCCCCAGCCGCAGACACAACAUCAACCCCAGUCCCAGUCCCUGAAUCAUCUUGGGAAUCCGACCCAUCUGAAGAAGAAGAAGAAGAGGAAGAAGUGAGAUCCUCUCCUCGUUCAGAGCUGAUAUCCACUCAUCGUUCAGAGCUGGAGAGCCUCUGCGAUAAAAAAGUGAAAGUAGAAGACAAAGAAGAGGAAGACGUGAGAUGCCCUCCUCGUUCAGAGCUGAUAUCCACUCAUCGUUCAGAGCUGGAGAGCCUCUGCGAUAAAAAAGUGAAAGUAGAAGACAAAGAAGAGGAAGACGCGAGAUGCCCUCCUCGUUCAGAGCUGAUAUCCACUCAUCAUUCAGAGCUGGAGAGCCUCUGCAAUAAAGAAGUGAUAGAAGAAGACAAAGAAGAGGAAGACGUGAGAUUUCCUCCUCGUUCAGAGCUGAUAUCCACUCAUCGUUCAGAGCUGGAGAGCCUCUGCGAAAAAGAAGUGAAAGAAGAUAAAGAAGAGGAAGACGUGAGAUUUCCUCCUCGUUCAGAGCUGAUAUCUACUCCUCGUUCAGAGCUGGAGAGCCUCUGCGAAAUGAUGGAUGGUCGCGGUCUGCGGAGGUACAUGGUAAUGCAUCUCUUAGAUAUAAAAGGACUGCUUGAGCAAGUCCCUAAGGCAUUGAGACUCUCCAGCAAUCCAGCAAGGCUUGUAUUGGAAUGUGUCGGCAAGUUUUAUACUCAAAAGGGCAAGGCGUUCGUUAAGGGCUCGCAAAUGGUCCAGUCAAGGAAGGCUUCUGUAUUGGUUUUGCAGUGCUUCUUGUUGAUGGGAAUCAGCGACGAGAUUGAGAUAGGGGUGAAGCAAGAGGCGGAGCAGGCAGCUUUAGCAUGGAGAAAGAGGUUGAUUGCCGAAGCAGGCAUACUUAAGGCUGAAGAAAUUGAUGCCCGGGGUUUGUUGAUGCUUGUUGGGUGUUUCGGAAUUCCAGGAAGAUUUAAAAAUGAGGAUAUCAGGGAUUUGAUUUGGGUAAUUUUCCACGGGCAGGGGAGAAUUCGCAAAAUUUUAUUUUCUGGUAGCCUCAGGAGAUCAAAUGUCCUCGUGGCAAAGAUUCCAGAUAUAAUAGAGGGGAUGGCGAUGCAAAAGAUGGAAGUUGACGCUGCUCAUAUUGCCUAUACCUUUGGAAUUGAGGACAGAGUUAGCCCUCAGAGAUUUUUGACAUCAUUUUUACUAGAGUCAGAAGAGUCAUUGAAGAAAAUGGUGGAACAAUCACAAGGUUCACUUGCUGCUGUGGAUCAAGCAAAAAGGAAGCACUUGUUUGAUCUGAGAUCUGUUAUCAAAUGUUUGGGACAUCAUGAUAUUGAUCCUUCAGAACUUCUUCCCAGGUGGCAAAUCAAUGAGAAAAUAAUGAGCUUGGAGAAAGAAAUUACCGUAGGUGAGAACCUUAACAAAAAAGAAAUUGCCAGAGGUGCGAAGAUGGCACAAAAGAGAAAAAUUGAUGAAACUGAGUCGUCUAGAUGGUUCAGCAACAAAGAACCGAAGCACUCACAUGUUUCAAAUCCAUGGCUACAACAGGAAAGAGUUGAUAGUACACCGGGGCAAAUAGGGAGUCAUACUGGUCAGCUAUAUGGAAGGCUUGGAAAUGCAGCCAUGUAUGACGGACUGGCCUCCUGCAGCUAUACUCAUCCUUUGUCCUACUUGUACUGGCCGAGAUAGUUUGUCAUUACUUUCUACCUUAGUUUCUAUUUUUGUUGUAUUUCACUAAGGUCUCUUAAGACGUACAUAGUCUCAGAAAUGUUUGCGUUUCAUUAGCUACUGAGAAAACUCUAGCCAAUAUUCAAGGCUUAGAUAAUAAGAUCUCAAAUUUUAUUUACUUGUUUA